AUGAAUACUGUCAAGAGCUUCCUCGUCCAAGCCGCGAUCACCAGUAUUGCUCUUGGGCAGUUCUGCGAACACCAGUGGGAGGGGGAAUUCGCAGACCACAAGGUAGAUGGCGUCCCGUAUCUACAAGCGAGGCAGAACGUCGAUCCGCCUCCAUUAGAGAUUCGACCCCUCAUCGUAAAUGGUCCAUCAAGCAAUCGUGUCGAUCUCAUUUUCUUCGGUGACGGAUAUACCGAAGAUGAGAAGGACAAGUUCUUCGCCGAUGCUCUGUUCCUCGCAAAUAAUAUUACUGAUGGGCAGACAUUUGUGGACGUACUUCCUGUAUUGAACUUCUGGGCUGGAUUUUCACCAAGUAAUGAGAGUGGCGUCGGUACUGGUGGAAAGCCCCUGGAUACCAUCUAUGGGCUUUACCGCGAUGGUACUGAGCUUCGUGGUGUAUACUAUGACAAACCCGAAGUAGCACGUGCUGCCUGGGGACUAGGUGGCACGUUCACUGUUACAACAUCUUCGCCUAACAAUGGACCUGUGAUUAUUCGUCACGAGUUAGGCCACUCGAUCAUUGGCGUAGGCGAAGAAUACGACGGCGGCGAAGUUUACACUGGCGUCAAUGCGGCAAAAUCCACAAAAUCGGUGCCCUGGACGCAGUGUACAGGAAUAUCCCUGGACACUGCUGAAUACGUCGCAGAGCUGGAGCCAGACUUUCACCUCAGCAGGCUCAUAUUCCACUUAUCUCCUCCAAGUCAGCGUAGCGGCGUGACAGCGACUAGUGACUUUCUGGUAGAGAUCGAUGGGAAGGACGCGGGCUGGGAAUGGAAUCCCGCGGUUGGAGAGGAUCGCUACAUUUAUAAUAUUAAAAUCGACGAGGCCCUAACUCCGGGAGAGCAUGAGAUUAAAUUCACACUACUAAACGAAGAGAGACAAGGAAGCGCGCAACUUUGUAAUUUCGAGGUUAUUGAAUAUGGGGAUGAGGAAGAGUUCGACUUUGAGCCACGAUACCAUGGAUUAUAUCCGACGCCGACGAACAACCUUUGCCUAAUGCGAGACACUUAUUCUUCUAAUUUCUGCGACGCCUGCAUCGAGGGUUUAUGGCUGUCUCUGCUCGGCCGACUCACCCUAAUCGACAAUAUCACACAGGAGGUUCAGCUGGACGGCUCGACGAACGCCACUCUCAACUUGCUCCCCCUUGCAAAUCUUAGAGAAGUGCCAAAUCCGCACCAGGAAGCCUACACAAUCUUUUGGUACGGUGUUGACGGAAUAACGAUUCUAUCGGAUUGGACUAAUAAUACGUCUGCGCUUCUUGGGCCGGACGUUACGGAGUUUGGCGUCGAGGUCCGAUUUUGGACCGAGCAAGUUAGAGUCGACAGCGCCGAUGUUCUAGUACAGAAGGAGAGAUAUUCGGUGGAGUAG